CGCGAAAGAUGGAGUAAAUCGACCUUUCUGCACUUAGUUUAACUACACUAGACUAUACGCAGUAGGCCUAUCGAUUUAUAUAUUAGUUGAGAACUUUCUGAGCCGAAGAAAUUUACUUCUCAAUGGUUCGACAUUACACAGGAAUGAUAAGCUAAGUAUAAAUACCUGCCGACAAUUUGAAAUGGCUAGUUAGAAUACAAACGUAUACGAGAAACUACGAAGAAAACAAGUUUACUAUACUAAAGCGAACUACUGUUAAAGUUUGUGAUAUUGCGAUAAUAUAUAAUUUUAAGAGACAUUUAUUUGUGUAUCAAAACAAGUGAAAAGAAGAGAAAUUACAACAUGGCAAAAGCUAUUGGCAUCGAUUUGGGAACAACUUAUUCCUGUGUCGGAGUUUUCCAACAUGGUAAAGUAGAGAUCAUCGCCAACGACCAAGGAAACAGAACGACACCAAGUUAUGUGGCGUUUACAGAUUCUGAGCGAUUGAUCGGAGACGCAGCGAAGAACCAAGUAGCAUUAAAUCCACAGAACACCAUAUUCGAUGCAAAACGUCUGAUUGGAAGAAAAUUCACCGAUGAUACGGUCCAGAAGGACAUGAAACACUGGCCGUUUACAGUGAUCAAUGAUGGCGGCAAACCGAAAUUCCAGGUGGACUACAAAAAUGAAAAGAAAGUAUUUCCACCCGAGGAAAUCAGCUCCAUGGUUUUAACGAAAAUGAAGGAGACAGCUGAAGCCUAUUUAGGACAUAAAGUAAACGACGCAGUCGUCACAGUCCCAGCUUAUUUCAACGAUUCACAAAGAUUAGCCACCAAAGACGCUGGGACUAUUGCUGGAUUAAACGUUCUGAGAAUCAUCAACGAACCAACAGCCGCUGCCCUGGCUUAUGGAUUGGACAAAAAUCUUUCUGGUGAGAAAAACGUUUUGAUUUUCGAUUUGGGAGGAGGAACCUUUGAUGUCUCUAUCCUGACGAUUGACGAAGGUUCCUUGUUCGAGGUGAAAUCUACUGCUGGAGACACCCAUCUCGGAGGAGAAGAUUUCGAUCAAAGAAUGGUGGAACAUUUCAUUCAAGAAUUCAAGAGAAAGUUCAAGAAAGACAUGUCUAAAAAUGCCAGAGCUAUUAGAAGAUUAAGAAGUAGCUGUGAACGCGCCAAGAGAACUCUAUCCAGCAGUGCCGAAGCCAGUAUUGAGAUCGACUCGUUAUUUGAAGGAACUGAUUUCUACACCAAAAUAUCCAGAGCCAGAUUCGAAGACUUGUGUUCAGAUUUGUUCAGAAGUACUAUGGAUCCUGUAGAAAAAGCUCUGAAAGAUGCCAAAAUGGACAAGAAACAGAUCAAUGAAAUCGUUUUAGUCGGAGGAUCAACAAGAAUUCCAAAGAUCCAGAAACUGCUGCAGGAGUUCAUGAAUGGUAGAGAGCUGAAUAAAUCCAUCAACCCGGAUGAAGCUGUUGCUUAUGGAGCAGCUGUUCAAGCCGCUAUCUUGAGUGGAGACAAGAGUGAAACCAUCAAAGAUGUACUAUUGGUAGAUGUAGCACCAUUGUCUCUUGGUAUAGAAACAGCCGGCGGAGUUAUGACCAAAUUAAUUGAACGUAACAGCAGAAUCCCUGCCAAAGCGUCGAAUACAUUUACCACCUAUUCCGACAACCAGCCAGCAGUUUCUAUUCAAGUAUAUGAAGGUGAGCGUGCGAUGACCAAGGACAAUAAUCUAAUGGGUCGAUUUGAACUGAUGGGAAUUCCCCCUGCACCAAGAGGAGUUCCCCAGAUUGAGGUCACCUUCAACAUUGAUGCUAAUGGUAUAUUGAAUGUAUCUGCUGAAGACAAGAGCACUGGUAAAUCCAAUCAAAUCACCAUUACCAAUCAUAGAGGUCGUCUGAGUCAGGCUGAAAUUGAUCGUCUGGUUCAAGAAGCAGAGAAAUUCAAAGAUGAAGACAACAAACAGAAAGAAAAAAUGGCGGCUAGAAACCAACUGGAAUCGUACAUUUACAGUGUUAAACAGACUGUUGACGCUGCUGGUGACAAGUUAGCUGCUGAAGACAAAGAAACGGCGAAGAAAGCCUGCGAAAAUGGACUUAAUUGGUUAGAGGGAAAUGCUUUAGCCGACAAGGAUGAAUACGAGUACAAGAUGCAAGAAAUUCAGAAGGUCUGUUCACCUAUUAUGACCAAAAUGCAUCAAGGUGGCGGUGGACAACAGCAAGCUGGUGGACAACAAUCAGCCGGAAGUGAUGGAUCUGGGCCAACCGUAGAAGAGGUUGAUUAAGGAUGUAUUUAUGCGAGAUAUAUUAUUAUGUGUUGUUGAAAUUCUAGUUCUGCGUCAAUCCUAUAUUGGUUUAAAUCGAGAACUCUGUGAUACAGAUAAUUAGUUAUAUUUUUCUGUGUAAUAUGAACACUAAAUAAGUGCUACUGAUCAAUAUGUUAUGUUUUCAGUAAAUGAUUAUUUGUGAAUGAACAAAAUCGAGUGAAUGUUAUUUUACGUUGUGCAAGGAACGAUCAGAAACCUUUAACGCAAUAUGAUCUGUAUGAAAGAAAAAGCUAUAAACACUGUGAUUUUUGUAAUAUUAUGCAGUCGUAUCGCUUGCCUGAUCCCCUAAUACAGGAAAACAAUUUUGUUUUUGUUAUAUGCUCAAACCAAAACUACCACGACCCUGUUGUUAGAAAUAUAUUCUAUUUUGUUGUUAAAUGAAUAAAAUUUGAAAUAAUUAAUAUUGU